CCCCUUGCAUUCUGGGAGUUCAUCAUUUUAGCCCUGGAAGUGUUGUAUCAUCAUUCAUUCUGCGACACGGACGUUUCGGGUUCAAUACAGAUAUUUACCAUUCUGGUAUAGUUCAGUUUUGAGUUUGCAAGGUCAUUCGCAUUUUUAUUGUUUAUCCCUCGUUUGGAAAAAGUAUCCAAGAUGUGGGAUCCAUCCGCUACCAAAGAAGCGGCGGGAUAUCUCCGAAUGAGUCCAAAAGAAAGCAUGGAACUUCAGGCUCAACCUUUCGCUGGAAAAAAAUCAGUCUGGAUUCCGCACAAAACCGAUGUUUACCAGUUGGCAGAAAUAGUUGGAGCUUCGGAAAAGAAAGGGUGCAAGAAAGUGAAAACAAAAGGCGGUGAUGAGUUAGAUGUGAAAGAAGACAACAUUCAUGAGCAAAAUCCCCCAAAGUUUCAAAUGAUUGAAGAUAUGGCAAAUUUGACAUAUUUGAACGAGCCAUCGGUUUUGUACAAUUUACGGCGAAGAUAUGAAAAAUUUAUGAUUUACACAUACUCGGGACUGUUUUGUGUGACUGUAAAUCCUUACAAAUACCUGCCUGUAUAUGAGACCUAUGUUGUCAGCUGUUAUAAAGGAAGACGUCGAGCUGAAACACCGCCUCACAUAUUUGCAAUUGCUGAUAAUGCUUACAACGAUAUGUUGAGAAACAGAGAAAACCAGUCCAUGUUGAUCACUGGCGAGUCGGGAGCAGGAAAAACUGUUAACACCAAGAAGGUUAUCCAAUACUUCGCGACAGUAGCUGCCUUAGGCGAGGCAGCAAAAGUUGUAGAUGAUCACCAACCAAAAACAAAAAUGGGGGGGACUCUCGAAGAUCAAAUUAUUCAAGCAAAUCCUGCAAUGGAAGCGUUUGGAAAUGCCAAAACUAUAAGAAAUGAUAAUUCAUCCAGAUUUGGCAAAUUCAUCCGAAUUCAUUUUGGAAACACCGGUAAAUUGGCUUCAGGAGAUAUUGAGACAUAUCUCCUCGAAAAAUCUCGAGUCAUAUUUCAGCAAGGCGGAGAAAGAGGAUUUCAUAUUUUCUAUCAAAUAUGUUCUGGAGCUAAACCCGAAUUACUAGAGUCUUUAUUGGUGACAACCGAUCCAUACUCAUAUCGAUACGUAUCGCAAGGUGACGUCACCGUCGCCGGGUUGGAUGAUGCGGAAGAAUUAAUGGCCACUGAUAGUGCGUUUGACGUUCUUGGCUUUACACCAGAAGAAAAGGCUGGAAUAUACAAGAUAAUGGGAUCCAUUAUGCAUGCUGGGAAUAUGAAGUUCAAACAAAAACCCAGAGAAGAACAAGCUGAAGCGGAUGGAACUGAAGAUGCUGACAAAAUUUCCUAUUUACUUGGAAUAAACACCGGCGAAUUUAUGAAAUCACUCACUCAACCUAGAGUUCGAGUAGGAAAUGAUUACGUCACUAAAGGGCAAACGGUCAAGCAAGUCUAUUACUCAUCUGGGGCUCUAUGUAAGGCCGUUUAUGACAGACUUUUUGCAUGGCUGGUGAAACGUAUCAAUGAAACUCUGAGCACGAAACUUCCUCGAAGUUUUUUCAUUGGUGUUUUGGACAUUGCUGGAUUCGAAAUCUUUGACUUCAACAGUUUCGAGCAGCUUUGUAUCAACUUUACAAAUGAAAAGCUUCAGCAGUUUUUCAAUCAUCAUAUGUUUGUGUUAGAGCAAGAGGAAUACAAACGUGAGGGAAUAGAUUGGGAAUUCAUUGAUUUUGGUUUAGAUUUGCAAGCUUGCAUCGAACUCAUAGAAAAGCCAUUGGGUAUUAUGUCAAUUCUCGAGGAAGAAUGUAUGUUUCCAAAAGCUUCGGAUCAGACAUUCAAAGAGAAAUUGUAUGCAAACCAUCUUGGAAAAUCGAACAAUUUCAUCAAACCGAGGCCGCAGAUAAAAAGAAAAUUUGAAGCUCAUUUUGAAUUAAUUCAUUAUGCUGGGAUCGUUGGGUACAACAUAUCAGGAUGGUUGGAAAAGAAUAAAGAUCCACUGAAUAAUUCUGUUGUUAGUUUAUACAAAAAAUCAACAUUGAAGGUUUUGUCAACUGUAUGGGAAAGCUACAUUUCGCCGGACGAUGCUGUCGAGCAGAAAAAGGCCGGCAGAGGAAAACGCCAGAAAGGCGGUUCAUUUCAGACAGUGUCGUCAUUACACAGGGAGUCGUUGAAUCGUUUGAUGACCAAUCUCCGUUCAACUCAACCACACUUCGUACGAUGUAUUAUUCCCAACGAAAUGAAAAAUCCAGGAAUGAUGGAUAAUCAACUUGUACUUCAUCAACUGCGAUGUAAUGGAGUGUUGGAAGGAAUAAGAAUUUGCAGAAAAGGAUUUCCCAGUAGAAUUGUGUAUGCUGAGUUUAAACAACGAUACCGCAUACUCAAUCCGAGCGCUGCACCAGAGGGUCAAUUUCUAGACAGCAAAAAAGCUACAGAAAAAUUGAUGGGCAGUCUAGAUAUGGAUGCAAGUCAAUUCCGAUUUGGACACACAAAGAUAUUUUUCAAAGCUGGUAUGUUGGGAGAGCUUGAAGAUAUGAGAGAUGAAAGAUUAUCAAUGAUAUUAACAAUGCUGCAAGCUCGUGUCAGAGGAAAACAAAUGAGAAUCGAAUACCAGAAAAUGCUAGAAAGACGACAAGCGGUCAUAGUGAUACAGUCAAAUCUACGUUCGUAUUUCUCUGUGAAAAACUGGGAAUGGAUGAGGCUUAUGUUCAAAAUCAAACCAUUAUUGAAAACUGCUGAAAGUGCCAAAGAAAGAGAAGCAAUCGAAAAAGAAAUGGGUGAUGUGAAAGAAAGUUUUGAAAAAGAAAAGAAACGGCGACAGGAGCUUGAAGAAAGCCAAGUAUCUUUGAUCCAAGAAAAGAAUGAUCUAGUGUUACAACUAACAGCGGAACAAGAUAAUUUACAAGACGCCGAGGAUCGUUGCGAUCAACUCAUUAAAAGCAAAGUAGAAUUAGAAUCAAAACUGAAAGACCUUUCCGAGAGGUUGGAAGACGAGGAGGAAGUCAGCAAUGAUCUCGUGUCAAAGAAGAGAAAACUAGAAGAUGAAUGUUCAGAAUUAAAAAAAGAUAUUGAUAAUCUGGAAUUAACUUUGGCGAAAGUAGAAAAAGAGAAGCAUGCCACAGAGAACAAGGUUCGAAACCUUUGUGAUGAAGUAGAAACAUUGGAAGAUACUGUUGCAAAGACACAAAAAGAAAAGAAAGCUUUACAAGAAGCUCAUCAACAAACAUUGGAUGAUCUGCAAUCAGAAGAAGAUAAAGUGAAUAGCUUGACUAAGCAAAAAUCUAAAUUGGAACAACAAGUUGAUGAUCUUGAGGCCUCUCUUGAACAAGAGAAAAAAGUUCGUAUGGAUAUGGAAAGAUCCAAACGUAAACUGGAAGGAGAUUUGAGACUUUCUCAGGAAAGUAUCAUGGAUCUUGAAAAUGAAAGACAAAGAACGGAAGAAAAGUUAAAAAAGAAGGAAUUUGAAUACAAUCAACUCAGUACUAAGCUUGAAGAUGAAAGUGCCUUGAUCGCCCAACUGCAGAGAAAAAUUAAAGAACUUCAGGCUCGUAUAGAAGAACUCGAAGAAGAACUGGACGCAGAACGAGCUGCGAGAGCAAAAGCCGAAAAGCAGAAAACGGAUAUGUCACGUGAGCUUGAAGAAUUGAGCGAGAGAUUGGAAGAGGCGGGAGGUGCGACAUCUGCUCAGAUUGAGUUGAAUAAGAGACGUGAAGCUGAAUUUUCGAAGAUGCGCAGAGAGUUAGAAGAGUCGAAUCUUGCUCAUGAAUCUUUGAUAUCUACAAUGAGGAAGAAGCAUGCAGACGGAGAUGCUGAACUGUCGGAACAGGUCGACAAUUUACAACGAGUAAAACAGAAGUUAGAGAAAGAAAAAAGUGAAUUGAAAAUGGAAAUUGAUGAUCUAUCAACAAAUGUAGAAGUUGUUACCAAGGCGAAGUUGAAUUUUGAAAAAUUGAGUCGUAACCUUGAGGAUCAAUUGUCAGAGGCAAAAUCUAAGAACGAAGAAAUGGGUCGAGAAUUGAGUGAAUUGAACCAAAAAUUUGCCAGGAUUUCGAGCGAAAGAGGCGAAUUGAGCAGAGUUGUUGAGGAAAAGGAAGCUUUGAUGAGUCAGUACACAAGAACUAGAAAUUCAAUGCAGCAACAAUUGGAGGAAUUAAAAAGGCUUCUGGAAGAGGAAUCUAAGGCCAAAAGCGUUCUGGCCCACGGUGUCCAGAGUGCUCGACAUGACAACGAUCUUCUUCGCGAACAAUAUGAAGACGAACAAGAAACUAAAGCAGAGUUACAAAGAGCUUUGUCAAAAGCAAAUGCAGAAGUUGCACAAUGGAGAACAAAAUAUGAAACUGACGCUAUACAAAGAACGGAAGAGUUGGAAGAAGCCAAAAAAAAGUUGGCUUCUCGUCUUCAAGAAGCUGAAGAGGCUGUCGAGGCUUCUCAAGCGAAGGCUUCAAGUUUAGAGAAAACAAAACAGAGACUUCAAGGAGAACUCGAAGAUCUUGCAAUUGAUCUGGAGAAGUCGAAUUCAGCUGCUCUUGUAUUGGACAAGAAGCAACGAAACUUUGAUAAAGUACUUGCUGAGCACAAGCAGAAAUCGGAAGAAAUCCAGGUAGAUUUUGAACAAUCACAAAAAGAAGCAAGAGGUCUUUCUACAGAAUUAUUCAAAAUGAAAAAUGCUUAUGAGGAAGCUUUGGAUGCUCUAGAAACUAUAAAACGUGAAAAUAAGAACUUACAAGAGGAAAUAUCGGAUUUAACAGAUCAACUUGGGGAAGGAGGAAAAAGUAUUCACGAACUUGAAAAGGCAAGAAGAUCAUUGGAACACGAGAGGACUGAAUUACAGGCUGCAUUUGAAGAAGCUGAGGCAGCAGUAGAAAAUGAAGAAAGUAAAGUUCUAAGACUGCAAGUUGAAAUGGCGCAAAUUAAACAAGAUUUCGAACGCAGAUUGCACGAAAAGGAUGAAGAAAUUGAUAACGCCAGACGUAAUGCUCAAAGAUCUAUUGAAUCAAUGCAAGCAACACUGGAUGCCGAAUCGAAAUCAAGAUCUGAGGCUCAAAGGAUCAAAAAGAAGAUGGAAAGCGAUAUAAACGAUCUUGAAAUGCAAAUAUCGCAUUCUAAUAAACAAGCACAUGAUGCCAUCAGACAAUUGAGAGAUAUGCAAGCUUCUAAUAAGGAGUUGCAAAUGCUAGUUGAUGAUGGCAAUCGCAGAUCUGAAGAUAUGCAAGAACAACAGGCAGUUACUGAACGUAGAGCAAAUUUAUUGCAGGCUGAGCUCGAAGAAAUGGCUGCCGGGUUGGAACAAGCUGAGCGUGGCAGAAAACUUGCAGAAGGUGAAUUGAUGGAAGUCAGUGAACGAGCAAAUUUAUUGCACACUCAGAAUACUGCUCUGAUAAAUCAAAAACGAAAGUUGGAGGGAGAGAUACAGACAAUGCAAUCAGAUGUCGAAGAAUCAAUUCAAGAACAAAGAAACGCAGAGGAGAAGGCGAAGAAGGCUAUAACUGACGCGGCCAUGAUGGCGGAAGAGUUGAAGAAAGAGCAGGAUCAAUCUGCUCAUCUAGAAAGAAUGAAAAGAAAUAUGGAGCAAACGGUUAAAGAUCUUCAAAUGAGAUUGGACGAGGCUGAACAAGUUGCGUUGAAAGGAGGUAGAAAACAAGUGCAAAAGCUUGAAACUAGGGUGAGAGAACUUGAAAACGAAGUUGACGCCGAGCAGAGGCGUCACGUCGAGACGUCGAAAAUGUUACGCAAAGCAGAACGACGCAAUAAGGAGGUCACGUACCAGGCUGACGAAGACAAGAAAAAUCUACUCAGAAUGCAAGAUUUAGUGGAGAAGCUUCAAGUUAAAGUCAAAACUUACAAGAGACAAUGUGAAGAAGCGGAAGAACAGGCAAAUCUAAAUUUGGGUAAAUACAGAAAACUACAACAUGAAUUGGAUGACGCGGAAGAGCGAGCAGACAUGGCUGAAUCAGCUCUGAACAAGCUAAGAUCUAAAGCAAGAGAUAGUGUUGGGUCUGGAUUAGGAAAAAUGGGCUCGUAUAAGAAUGUCGACUGAAAUACAUUGAGGACAUAUUACGUUAACGAAAGACGAUUUCAAUAUUCAGCUUUGCACGUUUAGCACAUUUGGAAGCUAUGUGUUUACUCAAAUUACUCAAUUUACUUUAUAAUAUUACACCACUUACAAACAAAACUCAUCUCACGACUCGAAACAACUAUCACAAACACAUUUGAUAGCAAAACUAUAUGACAAAUAUUUACUAGAACCUGGAAAAAAUGACCUAUAAAUCUUUUCAUUUAUCUUGAUAGAUUUUCAGCUUCUGACAUUUGCACGUUCAUUGAAUGAUUUCGCACUGUAUUACCCAUGAAAAUA